AUGGAGGAGGAGAGCGGCAGCGGCAGCGGCAGCGGCGCGGGCACCAGCGGGGACGGCGGCGCCGCGGGAGAGCAGCUCCUCACUGUCAAGCACGAGCUGCGGACGGCAAAUUUAACAGGACAUGCAGAGAAGGUGGGGAUUGAAAAUUUUGAGCUUCUGAAAGUCCUAGGAACUGGAGCUUAUGGAAAAGUAUUUCUAGUUCGUAAAAUAAGUGGCCAUGAUGCUGGAAAGCUGUAUGCCAUGAAGGUUUUGAAAAAGGCAACCAUAGUUCAAAAGGCCAAAACCACAGAGCACACGCGGACGGAGCGACAGGUCCUGGAGCACAUCAGACAGUCGCCGUUUUUGGUGACGUUGCACUAUGCCUUCCAGACAGCAACCAAACUUCAUCUCAUUUUAGAUUAUAUAAAUGGUGGAGAACUUUUUACUCAUCUUUCUCAAAGAGAGCGUUUCACAGAGCACGAGGUGCAGAUCUAUAUUGGAGAGAUUGUGCUCGCCCUUGAACAUCUCCACAAGUUGGGGAUUAUAUACCGUGACAUUAAGCUUGAGAAUAUUCUGCUUGAUUCUAAUGGCCAUGUGGUGCUGACAGAUUUUGGUCUGAGUAAGGAGUUUGUGGCUGAUGAAGCUGAAAGAGCAUAUUCAUUUUGUGGAACGAUUGAAUACAUGGCACCAGAUAUCAUCAGAGGAGGAGAUUCGGGACAUGACAAGGCAGUUGACUGGUGGAGUUUAGGUGUCCUAAUGUAUGAACUACUAACUGGAGCGUCUCCUUUCACUGUCGAUGGGGAAAAGAAUUCCCAAGCUGAGAUAUCUAGGAGAAUAUUAAAAAGUGAGCCUCCGUACCCCCAAGAUAUGAGUGCUUUAGCUAAAGACCUAAUUCAGCGUCUCCUGAGGAAAGAUCCUAAGAAAAGAUUGGGAUGUGGCCCGCGUGAUGCAGAUGAAGUCAAAGAGCAUCUCUUUUUCCAGAAAAUAAAUUGGGAUGAUUUAGCUGCCAAAAAAGUGCCCGCACCAUUUAAGCCCGUCAUCCGAGAUGAAUUAGAUGUGAGUAACUUUGCGGAAGAGUUCACAGAAAUGGAUCCCACCUACUCCCCGGCGGCACUGCCCCAGAACUCCGAGAGGUUGUUUCAGGGCUAUUCCUUCGUUGCUCCUUCUAUUCUCUUCAAGCGCAACGCAGCCGUUGUAGACCCUCUUCAGUGUCACAUGGGAGUGGAACGUCCUGGGGUGACAAAUGUUGCCAGGAGUGCAAUGAUCAAGGACUCUCCAUUCUAUCAGCACUAUGACCUAGAUCUGAAAGACAAGCCAUUAGGAGAAGGAAGUUUUUCAAUUUGUCGAAAGUGCAUACACAAAAAAAGCAACCAAGCAUUUGCAGUCAAAAUAAUCAGCAAAAGGAUGGAAGCCAAUACUCAGAAAGAAAUAACAGCCCUGAAGCUCUGUGAAGGACACCCCAAUAUUGUGAAAUUGCACGAAGUUUUUCACGAUCAGCUCCACACUUUUCUGGUCAUGGAGCUUCUGAACGGGGGCGAGCUGUUUGAGCGCAUUCAGAAGAAGAAGCACUUCAGUGAGACCGAGGCCAGCUACAUCAUGCGGAAGCUGGUUUCCGCCGUGAGCCACAUGCACGAUGUCGGGGUGGUGCACAGGGACCUGAAGCCCGAGAAUUUACUGUUCACUGAUGAGAAUGACAACUUGGAAAUCAAAAUAAUUGACUUCGGGUUUGCGCGCUUAAAGCCGCCUGACAAUCAGCCUCUCAAGACCCCGUGCUUCACCCUUCACUACGCCGCCCCCGAGCUCCUGAACCAGAAUGGCUACGAUGAGUCCUGCGACCUCUGGAGCCUGGGCGUCAUUCUGUAUACUAUGUUGUCUGGGCAAGUUCCAUUCCAAUCUCAUGACAAAAGUUUGACAUGCACCAGUGCAGUGGAAAUCAUGAAGAAAAUCAAAAAGGGAGAUUUCUCCUUUGAAGGAGAAGCCUGGAAGAAUGUAUCCCAAGAGGCUAAAGAUUUGAUCCAAGGACUUCUCACAGUCGAUCCAAAUAAAAGACUUAAAAUGUCUGGCCUGAGGUACAAUGAAUGGCUCCAGGACGGCAGCCAGCUGUCCUCCAACCCUCUGAUGACUCCCGACAUCCUGGGGUCCUCAGGAGCCGCCGUGCACACCUGCGUGAAGGCCACCUUCCACGCCUUCAACAAGUACAAGAGAGAGGGGUUUUGCCUUCAGAACGUGGACAAGGCCCCCCUGGCCAAGAGGAGGAAGAUGAAGAAGACCAGCACCAGCACGGAGACGCGCAGCAGCUCCAGCGAGAGCUCCCACUCUUCGUCCUCCCACUCCCACGGCAAAACCACCCCCACGAAGGCCCUGCAGCCUGGCCACCCCGCCGACAGCAGUAACCCCGAGCCCCUCUUCCAGGUCUCGGACUGA